GAGCUGCAGCCGAAGAACCAUCGCCGCCCCCUGCCAGCGAAGGCAAUGCGGCACCCAAGACGGAGCUCGACGCAGCUGAUUUGGAGGACACCGACGACGAGUCCGAGAACGACGGCCUCGUCGACGACGGCUCCUCGGACGACUCGGAAGAUGAUGCGCCCAGAAACAGGAUCGGCAACGUCCCCCUUGAGUGGUACAAAGACGAAGACCAUGUGGGCUACGACAUUGCCGGAGAGAAAGUGAUGAGGACGCUGUCGACCGGUGAGAUUGAUGCCCUCUUGGAGAGCAAGGACAACCCAGAUGCGUGGCGCACCGUGAAGGACCACAAGAAUCAGAGAGAGGUGGUCCUGACCGAUACAGACCUGGAGAUCAUUCGGCGGAUACGUUCAAGGAUGUACCCGAGCGCAGCCACAGACACGACUGAAAUGGUUGAGUUUGACAACCCAGAGGCCAGAAUACAUCCCGAGCGAAAAGCACAUCCACCCAAAGCCCGAUUCCUUCCGUCGAAGUGGGAGCGCAUGAAGGUGAAGAGACUUGUCGCGCUGCUCCGAGAGGGCAAGAUCAGGCCUCCGCCACCUCCAGCCCCCGAAGUCUUCGACCUCUGGGCGGACGAGCCGGAGACGCGCCGGCGUCGCGCGCCACCGCCUUUGCCUGCUCCGAAGAUGGCUUUGCCGGGCCAUGCGGAGUCCUACAACCCGCCGCCAGAAUACCUCUUUACGGAGGAAGAGAAAAAGGAAUGGGAAGAGACAUUCGAAGAGGAGAGGGCCAUCACGCAUCUGCCUCAAAAGUACGACGCGCUUCGUCGCGUCCCGGGCUACAAGGACUUCAUCGUGGAACGCUUCAAGAGGUGUCUGGACCUGUACUUGGUGCCCCGUGCCUUGAAGCAGCGGAUGAACGUGGAUCCAGAGAGCCUGCUGCCAAAGCUUCCGAGCCCUAAGGACCUUCGCCCAUUCCCGACACACAUCGCCGUGGCAUACGAGGGCCACUCUGGUAUGGUAAGAGCCGUGGCUGUCGAGGCUACCGGCCGAUACCUGGCGACCGCAUCCUCCGACGAAACGCUGCGAAUUUGGGAGGUGGCAACCGGGCGGCCGAUCCGGUCUCUGAAAUUCAGCAGUUCUGUCACGGCAGUCGCCUGGAAUCCACGACAUUUGCUCCUGAGCGUCGCAGCGGAAGAGAACGUCUUCUUUGUGGAUCCGGGCCUGCAGCUGAUACCGAAGGACACGCCGGAGGAUGCCGAGGAGGUGCCAGCGACGGUGACGUCAAUGCUGGAAUUCAAGGAGGCCGCAGGCGUUAAGCCGGUCUCAGACGGUAACGAGGACGAGGAGGCCAAAGAGGGAGCCAAGGCCCGGGCAGUUCGCUGGCACCGAGUCUUGCCCGACUCCGAACUCUACAAAGUGGGUUGCAGGUUGAGUAUCGCCACCGACGGCGAUGUGCAGUUCUUGGUCUGGCAUCACAAAGGGAAUUACUGCGCGGCGGUAAGCCCGAAGGCCAGAGCAACCUCGAAUCAGUGCAUCAUCCACGCGCUGAACCAGCAGAAGUCCAUGCGACCAUUUGCCAAGCUCCGGGGUGGGCAGCAGGUGCAGAGCUGCGCCUUCCACCCCACGAAGCCCCAUUUCCUCGUGGCCACGAUGCGGAGCGUCCGAAUAUACGACUUGCAGAAGCAAACUCAGCUGAAGCAGCUCAUCAGUGGUGCGAAGUGGAUCUCAUCGGUCACGGUGCACCCGACUGGUGAUCAUGUUGUCGUUGGAUCCUACGACAGAAGGGUGGUGUGGUGGGACCUGGAUUUUGCGAAGACGCCAUACAAGACGCUGCAGUAUCACGACAAGGCAGUGCGUUGCGCGACGUUCCAUCCUGGGCGAUUCCCACUCCUUGCGGCUUGCUCCGACGAUGCCACCGUCAGCAUCCUUCACGCCAAGGUUUUCUCGGACCUCAUGCAAAGCCCCAUGAUCGUGCCGGUGAAGCGCCUGAGGGACCACAUGGUCAAUCAGGGCUUCGGCGUCCUUGCCUGUGCCUGGCAUCCUCAUCAGCCUUGGCUUUUCACGGCCGGCUCUGAUGGCCGCGUCUACCUUUGGGCGUGA